AUGGACGUCACCGCGUCUCACCGCUGGCUGCGCGUGGAGAUCGCCGAGGCCUCCCACGAGGACGCGUCGGCAUUGGCGCAGGCCUCCACGCUCCAGCUGGCGCUCACGGGCAUGCUCUUCGGCCUCAUCCACGUGCUCACGGGGCCCGACCACCUCAGCGCGCUGGCCACGCUGUCCGCCGGCUCGUCGUGGCGCUCGUUCGCGCUGGGCGUGCGCUGGGGCUGCGGCCACAGCAUCGGGCUCAUCGUCAUGGCCGUGCUCUUCAUCGCGCUGGACGGAAAGCUCGACUUCUCGGUGCUCAACGUGGUGACGGAUGUGCUGGUGGGGGUCUUCAUGAUCGCGCUGGGCGUCUACGGAGUGCAUGAGGGCGUCAAGAAGGCCAGGAUGAGCAGGAGGAGAGGCGCGUCGAGGAGGAGGAGGAAAAGUGACAAGGUGAAGAGCAAGACGGAGCUGCAAGAGAGAGAAAGUGAGAGCGAGGAGGAGGAUGGAGUGGGGUCUGAAGGGGCGGAGACGGAAACGGAGACGGAGACCGACUCGGUGGCGAGUCCCAAGCGGACGCUGCUGAAGGACGGGCAGAAGAAGACGAACGAGCAGGUGGAGGUCACGUUCAGUGAUGAGGAUGAGGCGUCGCCUGCUGCAAGACGCAGGAGGUUGGAGGCGUUGAAGAAGGAGACGAAGGGUGCAGAGGUGGAGGACGCAGUGAUGGUGGACGUGGUGGUGAAGAAUGUGUCGCCCCGACAACACUCGGGUAGUGUGGAGUCGAUUUCGCUGGAGACCAGUCCGUGUGAAAGCGUUGUGGCGCUGGAGGAGCUGCUGUCGGACCGUAGUCAGUUGAGUGAUGAAGCGGACGCUGAUAUCGACACAAAGCAGGGUACGGGACCCAUGUGCUGCGGCUUCAAGUUGCCCACCAUCGACUUCCAGAACGCGCAGACGCAGAAGGUAUGCACGACGUUCUGCUGA